AAGAUUCGUCGCUACAACCGCAAUGCCGCCUACGAACAAGAACUGCACAGAGAAGCCAACAGAAGAGCGGUUGUCAGGGCCAAGCGCCAGGUAAGACAAGUCCCAGUUGACACCAAUAUCACCGACGCUUGUUAUUGUUGUGGCAUCAUGUGACAUUAUCGUGUUCAGGGCAGGGUUGGGGAGUGGGGGAAAAAAAAGGUUUGAACGUGUUGGAUAUGAUUAGUUGGAUGUUUCACAAAUUUAUGGCAGUCGCUCUCUGAAGACAUCACUUAAAGACAUAUGUUCAGACUUUUUUUUUAGAAUAGAGCGAAUCCCAAUUCUCUAGUCAUAUAUUACUGAAUUUAUAUCUUUCUUGAACUCACUGACCUUUCCAGACGUCUUAUAGUAUAAUUCGAAACCUAUUCAGUGUCUUUCUUGACCGCAGUGAUUUUUUUAAAAGACGUUUAUAGGAUUAAAGCGAAGCCCAAUCUUCUAGCUUAAAACAACUGAAUUCAUAUUUUUGUUCCUGUCACUGACCUUCCUUCAUGCCUUGAACUCACUGACAUUUCCUCCAUGACUUGAACUCACUGACUUUUCCUCCACGACUUGAACAAACUGACCUUUCCUCCACGACUUGAACUCGCUGACGUUUCCUCCACGACUUGAACAAACUGACUUUUCCUCCACGACUUGAACUCACUGACCUUUCCUCCACGACUUGAACUCGCUGACCUUUCCUCUACGACUUUAACUCGCUGACCUUUCCUCCACGACUUGAACUCACUGACCUUUCCUCCACGACUUGAACAACCUGACCUUUCCUCCACGACUUGAACAAACUGACCUUUCCUCCACGACUUGAACUCACUGACCUUUCCUCCACGACUUGAACAAACUGACCUUUCCUCCACGACUUGAACUCACUGACCUUUCCUCCACGACUUGAACUCACUGACCUUUCCUCCACGACUUGAACUCACUGACCUUUCCUCCACGACUUGAACUCACUGAUCUUUCCUCCACGACUUGAACUCACUGACCUUUCCUCCACAACUUGAACAAACUGACCUUCCUCCCAUGACUUAAACUCACUGACCCUUCCUCCCAUGACUUAAACUCACUGACCCUUCCUCCCAUGACUUAAACUCACUGACCCUUCCUCCCAUGACUUAAACUCACUGACAUUUCCUCCAUGACUUAAACUCACUGACCCUUCCUCCCAUGACUUAAACUCACUGACCCUUCCUCCCAUGACUUAAACUCACUGACAGUAUCUGGUGAAACCAAAUCAAUUUUCAGAUGGUAUAUUUGCUUAUGAUGCGACGUUCUUACACCCUUUCUGUGAUUGAAUGUCAGACGAGGACGUUUCUGCUCUAAGAUGUUGGAUUUUCAUCUGUGUUGUAUGUGUGUAUGUUGUGUGUAUUUGGUAUUUUGUAUGUGUAUAUUUAGUCUAUGUUGUAUGUGUGUAUUUUGUCAAUGCUGUUUGUGUGUAAUUGAUCCGUGUGUAUUUUGAUGAGUCCCCAUGUAAGAAAGACGUAAGUGGUCACGUUUAUCCUCUUUUCUGCAAGUGCGAAUGUCCUGUUAAUUCACUGCUGUACGUUGUAUCACUCUAGGCGAGCAGCAAAGCGAGAGAGCGCCUCCAGCAGCAGAGAGAUCUCUCCCAGGAUGGGGACAAUGACGACGCCGUCUUGGACGAGUCGUGGGAACUCCCCGAGACGAAAUCCAACAGCGCGGUUAAAAAGAGCGGUCAAGGUCAAGGGGUCAAGACCCCGGGAAAUAAGGGGAGCUCCAAGAACUCGUCCGUCACGGCUACCGGCGGCAAGAACAGUUCGUUGUCAAGAGUGUCCGGACCUUCCACCUCGGGGGGUCAGCACAAGGAGGAUUAUGAAUCAGACGUGGAGAACGUGCCGGAAGAUUUGGUGGCCGAAAUGGCUUCUGAUGAC